GAGAGACAGAACAGUAGAGAGCUGUCAGGCUGCGAGGAGGCAGCAGAGAGACGACUCACUCAUUUUCUUGGAGUACGUUUUGCCUCCAUCUCUGACGCGUGCGUGCACAGAUAGCAUCGCAGACACAAAGAUGGUAAAGUUUGAGCGUGAGUGCUACUUCUUACCUUCUUGUGAAAAACUGUGAAUCAUUUUAAGGAUCUGGACUUAAGCCUGACACACUUGAACAUCACUGUGACUGGGACUUCACAGUUUACUUUGGCAGGCAGGUUAGCCCUUUCUCUGAGUUCUACACUAAGUUAGUGUGUCAGUUGCCAGAAUUCAGUAGAUUUGAAGCCGGACUUGGACUCCCCGUGUGCGAUGAGGAGAAGGAUGUACUUGCUGGUGGUGGCGGUCCUGCUAGCCCACCUCGGUGCCACCUUGACAGGAGCGUGGAGAGCAUCUCAACCCAGACUGCAGUUCACACACCCUGAGCUGAUCCAGAAUGGCCGGCUGCUCACGCUACCCCUGAUGGCGGGAGACCUGCACUCCCUGCUGCCCGAUGAAGACAGGAGACGUCUUUAUCUGUAUUGGCCAGCCAGUCCGGACCGCGUCCAAGAAUGUCUCAUGGCUGGGAAGGAUCCAGAGCUGGAGUGUGCGAACUUCCUGCGUGUUCUGCAGCCUUUUAACCAGACUCACCUGUAUGUGUGCGGCACCGGGGCCUUCAACCCCCGCUGUGCUUUCAUAGCCACCAGCGUCUUUCAUCAGUCAGAGCAUCAGACUCUCUCCUACGGCCAGACAGAGUGCGGAAAAGGCAAAUGUCCCUACGAUCCAUUCCAGAAAACGGCCUCUGCAGUCGUUGAUGGAGAGCUGUAUGCCGGCAUCACCUCAGACUUCAUGAGCCGGGACUCUGCCUUCUUCCGUAGUCUUGGCAACCGUCGUGUCAUCCGCACUGAGCAGUACGAUUCCACCUGGCUGCAGGAUGCCCAGUUUGUGCGGGUAGCGCCGUUGUCUGAAACUGAUAAUCCAGAAGAUGAUAAGGUUUACGUGUUCUUCACCGAACGCGCUCAGGAGGCGGAAGGUGCUGCUGGGAAGGUGCUCUACUCCAGAGUGGCACGUGUGUGCAAGAACGACAUCGGAGGCCAGAGGAGUUUAGUCAAUAAGUGGAGCACUUUCCAGAAGGCUCGAAUGGUCUGUUCAGUCCCAGGACCAGAUGGCUUACAGACACAUUUCGACCAGCUCCAGGACAUCUUCAUCCUCCAGGGGAAAGACAAGAAGAAUCCUCUCAUCUACGGCCUGUUUACCACUUCAAGUGAUAUCCUGAACGGUUCAGCGGUGUGUGUUUACCGAAUGGAGGAUGUGGUUCGAGCCUUUAAAGGGAACUUCCUGCAUAAGGAGGGGCCUCAGUAUAAAUGGGCAGAAUUUACAGGCAAGGUGCCCUAUCCACGGCCAGGAACAUGUCCGAGCAGUACAUAUGGAAGCUAUAGCUCGACCAGAGAGUAUCCCGACGACGUCAUUUUCUUCAGCAGAACUCAUCCGCUGCUGCAGGAAAAUGUCCUGCCGCUUGGAGAGCGACCCCUCCUGGUCAGGGUGGGUGUUCAUUAUAAGUUCACCAAACUGCUGGUGGACAGAGUGGAGGCUGUCGAUGGCACCUACGACGUCCUGUUCAUCGGUACAGACUCAGGACUCGUUAUGAAAGCAAUCCAUCUGCACAGGGAGCACGGCCAGAGUCAGGAGAUCACUCUGGAGCAGAUGCAGGUGUUUCAGCACAAAUCACCGGUGACAGCCAUGGCACUCUCAAAGAAAAAGCAGUGGUUGUUUGUGGGCUCUAAGGAGGGUGUGUCUCAGCUGGCCCUUUACCAGUGUGAGCUGUACGGUCAGGCCUGCGCUGAGUGCUGCCUGGCCAGGGACCCCUACUGCACCUGGGACGGACAUGCUUGCAGCCCCUAUAUGCCGACCGUGCCCGGACUGCAGGUGGAGGCAGAACAGAGGGUGAUGAUGGUGGCAGAGGGUAACAGCACCUACCUGGAGUGUUUGCCUAGAUCCAGACAUGCUGCAGUGACCUGGUACAAACAGGCUGGAGAGAACAGCGCUGAACUAAACCAGGUGGUAACUGGUGACCAGCUGGUGGUGAUCGAGCGGGGCGUCCUGAUUCGUCGAGCCGAGCUGUCUCACGGCGGGGUCUACCACUGCCAGGUGGAGGAGCACGGCUACCACUGGACUGCAGUCACCGUGCGCCUCGCUGUUUGGAGCCCCUCUGCCAAUCGCCUCCUGGCUUCCUGGUCGGCCUCGUCCUAUCAGAGCGCCGGAACCCAGCCGUGGUACGAGAACGUGAUGGCACUGAUUCACCCCGGAAACCUUGGCCAGCACUGCAAGGCUCUGGGAUACCGCCCUCCGCGCAACCACCAUCGCCAUGGUGACACAAAGGCAGAGCCACACAAGGAGAAAGAGAGGCACAAGCAUGGCGGGGGAAGAGGAGGAGGAGGAGGCGGCGGAGGACGAGCAGCGGGGAGGAAGAGCAGGAGCAAGCCGCAGCAGAGGGCGCCGAGGAGUGCUUGAACGCAUGCACGAGCGGGAGGGCAGAUUUUCAGUGACUUCAACAACUACACAAACACGCAAACACACACACGCACACAAAUGCACACAUGUACACAUACACAGUUAACUUAUACACUGAGACACACACAUACUGUAUGUACAGAGACUACUUCAUGCGCAUGCACUUAUCUACAAACAAACAUGGCGUCCUUUCAUUAUAGAGACAAACAAGCUAAGCUACACACGAGUGACUGAAGUAUGUACAGGAUCUGGACAGCGAGGACUGUUUCACCGGGACAAAUGACUGUAUGAACAAAAAGGCUUAGGUUGCAUCGCAUGUUGAAUGAAGGAUAAAAGGCAUGCCUAAAUCCCUAAGUUUGACUGACUCUGAGUCAUGACAAGGACAUUUGAUUGGAUUCUUUAGAUUUGGACGCUCUACAGAGAGAGAGAAAAAAAAUAAAAACAAAAAUCCGAGUCUCGUUCCAGAAGUCGAUUUUAAGCAUUUGGAAAAAUCAUCCAACCCGUCUGUCCCAAAAAGGACCAUACUUGUGGUUUUGCAUGUUUUUGCCCAUUAAUUAGGAAUCACAGCUAUCACUCAAAACAGAGCAGAUGUUUUUUGGAUUGAUUUCCUACCUUCCAGGCAAAAAACUGCUUUCCAUUUAUUUUGUGAUGUGGAAAGAGAGACAUUUUUUUUCAAAGUCGUGUUCUUGAAGUUGAAGAAGUACUUUUUUCCCCAAGUACUUUGCAAAACAAUUAUUGCGCUUCAAUUUCAAGGACACUCUUUCCUCUGGCAUACAGGAAUAAAUUUUCAAACUGCUU